AUGCUCUGCGACGAUAAGCCCUGGUUACUGAACAACAUGUCGUCCAGCAAGCCCUCAUACCUCGUCGUUGGCGCCGGCGUCUUCGGCAUUUCAACUGCUUACCACCUUAUCAAGAAGUACCCAGAUCGACAAGUUACUGUUGUCGACCAGGAUGCUUGGGACGCCGAUAACCGCGUAGCAGCUUCGUGGGACUGGAACAAGGUCGUGCGCGCCGACUACGACGAUGUCAUUUACUGCAGACUUGCGCUCGAGGCGCAAGAUGUGUUCAAGGAGGACCCGUUAUGGCAACCAUACUUCCACGAGACUGGUAUCUUCUGGGUUUGCCGUUCAGAUUACGCACAAGAAGUCAUCGACAACUACAAGAAGCUUGGACGCGAAGCAGACCUGCAGUCAGUCACCAUUGAGGAGGCGAAGAAGUUGUUCGGCGGGCUUUUCGAGGAUGCGAACUACGACGGCGCAAAGAGUGUACUCGUCAACAAGACAAGUGGUUGGGCACAGGCUGGUGACGCGCUAAGAGCAGUUACCAAGUGGUCGAUCGCAAAGGGCGUCAAGUACAUCACCGAGAAGGUCAAAGACCUAGACUUCGACAGCGCCGGCCGAUGCACAGGCGUCAACACAGAGCAAGGCAGCACCAUCAAAGCCACCCACACCAUCCUCUCAACCGGCGCCUACACCGCCAAGCUCCUCGAGCAAGCCGCCCAGAAAAGCGGCAACCCCAACCUGCGUUCUGGCUCAAGAAUUGUCGCUGGUGGUAUCACGACCGGCAUGACGACGCUAGACGAGAAGUCGUACGAGAAGUUCAAGGACAUGCCCGUCGGUGUCCAGGGCUACACCGCCGCAUACGGACCCUUCAUCGGCAGCUUACCGCCUACCAAGGACCGCGAGCUCAAGUGGUGGGGCGAGAAGAUCUUCAAGCAUACACACGAAGUACUACCCGGUCGCUUCGUUUCUGCGCCGCCGUCUGGAAAGGAUUAUAACCAGUGGGACGUGCCUGGUCCGUUGAAGCUGGAUAUCGAUCACGCGAAUGAUGUGUUUUACGGCAAGAAGGGCGCGAAUUGGAAGAUGGAGAAGCAUCGGAUUUGCUGGGACGCAUUCACGACUUCAUCCGACUUCAUCAUCUCGCCGCACGCCGGUGCCAAGGGCCUCUACGUCGCCACAUGCGGCUCCUUCCACGGCUACAAGUUCUUCCCCGUUCUCGGCAAAUACGUCGUGCAGAUGCUGGAAGACGAGCUGGAACCAGCGCUCAAGGAGAAGUGGGCAUGGGAUCGCGAAAGGCCGGCGCCUAGCCUCAACCCCGACUGGCCUAGGUUCGAGAUGACGGAUUUGAUGGACCAGUGGCCAAAGGCCAAGUUGUAA